GAAACAUAGCAUUACCAUCCUGCAGCAGUAACCAGUGUUUUACUGGUGAUCAAUAAAGUUUUCUAUUCAAAGCAGUGCCUCUCACGUCAUCAUCCCGCGACCGAUGUGAAUCCGCUCUAUAGUCUGGAGAGCAAGGCAGUUGAAGGCGCGGAAAGAUGCCGAAGGUCGUGUCUCGCUCGGUGGUCUGUUCGGAUACCCGGGACCGGGAGGAGUACGAUGACGGAGAAAAGCCCCUCCAUGUUUAUUACUGUCUGUGCGGGCAGAUGGUGCUGGUCCUGGGUGAGUUCGGCUUAGAUUAGCGUUCGGACCCGGAAGAGCUGCAGCUCCAGAGUCACAUUAGGGAAGCUGUGGGUUACCCCUUGUGUACAACAUGGGCAGCAUCAGACCUGCCUGCAAUAUCAGAGAGCCAUCCUCCACAACGUUAGGUAGGGGGUGACUUCAAAAGGGAGAGAACUCUUUUAAUGUGGACUCUGUUCGUUACUUCAAAGAUCUCACUGGAAAACUGCAAGAGAUCGUUGCCCAACAUAUGGUGUUUAGAUUAGAGGUGGCAGGAGAUUACAUACUUCCCAAGUAUCCCUAUUUUGGGAUCUCUCUGUCCCAUUUUUCUAUCCUAAUGUCCCUCUUUUAUUGGAGCUCUGUAUUGUUGGUGUGUCUGAGUGUUUUAGCAGAGCUCCACAGCGAUAAUGCAUGAAUGUCUUUUUAAAACUAGAUUACAUGCUUUCAAGAAUCAGUCUUUGUAUAUAAAAUACAUUGGUAUUGUUCUAAAUUACAUUUUAGUUGCAUAUAUUACUAGUUGGUCACAAAAAACUCCAAAAACAGUAGCCCUGCCCACAAACCCGUUCAUUUAAACCCCUUAAGGACUGAGCCAAAUGUACACGUUUUGAUCAAAAUAAAACGUAAACAAAACUUGGAAUUUGACUGUCUGUUCAACCGUAAUUCACCUCUUUCGUAUUACGUACACGCACACGUUUAUAUAUAAUUUUAUUAAGGAGAAAUAAGGCUUUCAUUUAACAUCAAAUAUUUAUGAUACCUAACUUAAUAUGAGAGAAAUUAAGAAAUUUUUUUUUUUUUUUUUUUUUUAGUUCAGCAUGACAUUUUAACUGUGAAUGUCCUAAUACUGUUUGCUUUUACUGUAAUAAAAUACACAUUUGUAUUCAGCGAUGUCUCACAUGUAAAACAGUACCCCCUACAUACAGGUUUUAUGGUGUUUUGUGGAGUUACAGGGUCAAAUAUAGCAUGUUACAUUUUUCAGUUUUUUUCACAUUGACAUUCUCCAGAUUGGUUACAUUGCCUUUGAGACAGUAUGGUAACCCAGGAAUGAGAAUUAUCCCCAUGAUGGCAUACCAUUUGCAAUAGUAGAAAACCCAAGGUAUUGCAAAUGGGGUAUGUCCAGUCUUUUUCAGUAAUCACUUAGUCCCAAACACUGGCCAAAGUUAGCAUUAAUAUUUGUGUGUGAAAAAUGUAAAAAUAUAAUUUUAAAAAACAAAUUUGACUUUCUGCUAGGGUUAUCAGGCAGGUCCCGCAAAUUGUAAUUUAAUAAAAUGACUUUAUGUAAAAAUAUUAAAUUUAAAAAAAAUAAAAUAUAUUUAACCCCUGCACUCCAACCAAAAAUAAUAAAUACCUGGUGCUCUGGUUGCUAGAUAAUAUAAAUUGAGAAAAUACUGGCACUCCAAGGUUUUCCAAAUCAAAAUCAUCUUUAUUCUGAAAAGUACAUCAACGUUUCAGCACCCCUAAGGAGCUUUUAUCGGGACACUCAUAACAUGUAGAAUGAAAAAGCUAAUAUAGAACACACAAUCAAUAAAAUAGGUACUUACAGACAGGUGAUCAUCAUUUCCAUCUGCCGCCAGGUCCGCUCAAGUUGCCUGCACGCUCGUGUACACUUCCGUAUAUGACCGGGUAAUCCACACUGUGCGUCCUGAUUGGGCAGCCACGUCGCCGGAGCAACCAUAGACGCCUACGUCUCAUUGGCUGCUCCCGCGUGUACCGGCGCCGAUCUGGGACAAACUUCAAUAGACUGACCAACCUUAGUGUUAAGCAUAGUGUUAUCAUGGCAACCGAAGCGCACUCUAGCGGCCAAGAGGGAAAUGCCAGAAUAAGCAAUACACAGGAAAAUAGAAAUAGACCACUGCAGGGAAAUAAAUAAAUCAUUUAACAAAAUAGAAAGUCUCCGCUCAAAUAGAGCUAAAGUGUAAAUAUAGACAGUGUUUGUAGUUUGGCUUAAUUCCAAGCUAAAAGAAGGGGAGAGCAAAAUAACCCACUCACUUAACGUGUCUGAUGUGUAAGUAAACUCACUUGUAAUAUGUGAUUAUACUAGAUAGUGACAAAGGUCAAAAAAUUACUUAUUUAUGUGCAAAUAUGAUUUCCCUAAAAGGGGGAAAGAAAUAUAUCUUAUAAAAUCAAUAUUGGUAAAAAAAAACAAGAUAAUAAAAAUCCCCGAGGUUAUUCAUCCUGUUUAAACACCCGUGAGAUAAUGAGUGUGUGUGUGUGUGUGUGUGUGUAUAUAUGUGUAUAUAUAUAUAUAUAUAUAUAUAUAUAUAUAUAUAUAUAUAUAUACACACACACACAAUAAAAUAUAAUUAUUCUUUUAAAAUAAACAGUCUACCUUAAAAUUAAAAAGAACAAUUUCAGAUAUAUGGACCAAGGAGGAAGUUUUUCUUUUCUUUAAAUGGCCUAUACCCUCCACAAAUAGAUGAACAAAAACAAACAAAAUAUUUACAAAAAAAAAAUGAUUACAAAAAAACUGAGAAUGAAUGUUUUUCAUUCAGGCCCUUGGGUGACAAGUAGAGAUGUCGCGAACUGUUCGCGAACUGUCUGCUGGCGAACAAUAGCGUGUUCGCGUUGGACGAACAUAUCCGAUUUCCGGUCCGCCCCCUAUACGUCAUCAUUGAGUAAACUUUGACCCGGAACCUCACAGUCAGCAGACACUUCCUGGGAGGGAGGGUCUGCUGCUGAUUGGGUGGAAUGUGUCUGCUGGCUGUGAGGUUCCGGGUCAAAGUUUACUCAAUGAUGACGUAUAGGGGGCGGACCGGAAAUCUGAUAUGUUCGCCCAACGCGAACACGCUAUUGUUCGCCGGCGGACAGUUCGCGACAUCUCUAGUGACAAGUUUCCCAACAGAAAAAUCCAGUAUCGUAAAGAUGAGAGUUGAUAUCGAAACUCCAAAAAAUGUCUGGCCACUGGUUUGUCCGACUUGCCAUCACGAUAGGCAAGUCAAAUGCUAGACCUGUGGCCUCUGAUUCUCUCACAGAGAGCCGUCUCUGUUUUACCUAUAUAAUUAAGGCCGCAUGGGCACGCCAAUUUAUAGAUAACAAAGUCGGUCUGGCAAUGAAUGCGCUGUUGGAUUUUAUAAAGCUUGCCUGUAUGGGGGUGAGUAAAGGUUUUCGAAGGGAUAAUGUGACCGCACGUCACACACCCCAAACACCUAAUCCACCCAACAUUUGUAUUCCUUUUUUUUUUUAACAGGACUGUAGCAAUGUUGUGGGUCAGUUUUGACCAAUAAAUCCUUCAGGUUCUUAUUGCGUCGAAAACAAAACAUUUUGACGGUAAAUCUCGGGAAGAGAUGGGUCUAGGUCCAGUGUGUGCCAAUUGUUACGAAUGGACAAAGUCAAUUCUGAACUAGUAGUGUUAAAAAGCAUCUGAAAAAUGGGUCUGAUGUUGGCAGACUUCAGAUGUUGAGAAGAAGGUGAUGAGGCAGCUGCUCUCGCUUUAUUUAAGGCUUUAUCCAGAAUCAACCGCGGGUACCCCCAAGAUUGGAAUUUCUCAUACAUGAAAUGCAAUUGUUGAUCACAUUGUUGAUUGAGAGAGUUAUUCCUUAUUACCCUUAAAAAUUGUGAAUAGGGUAACGACUCUUUAAGGUGUAUAGGAUGAAAGCUCUCAAAGUGUAGUAAAGUAUUGCGAUCCGUUAAUUUGGUGAAGAGUUUGUACUCUAGUUUCUGGUUGACCAUAAUUUCUACGUCCAAAAAUUAGACGCUAUGCUCAUUUACAUUAGCAGUCAUCUUUACUUGUGUUGGUAAAUUAUUCAAAUCGUUGACAAAUUGUAAAGCCUCUUCUUUGGAACCUUGCCACAAAAUUAAAAUGUCAUCAAUAAAUCUGAAAUAACAGGUGAUUUGAUGAUCAAAUUGUGCCAGAAUAUAUUUUGUCUCGUAUUCAUACAUGAAGACAUUGGCGUACAUGGGGGCCAUCGCUGCCCCCUUAGAGGUACCGGCUAUCUGUAAGUACCAAUCAGUUUCGAAUCGAAAAUAGUUGUUCUGUAACGCAAUGCCUAAGAGUUCCAUUACAUAUUCAAUCGAGGGACCCUGAUACUGUGAUGAUUUCCUCUUAGCUUGUAUGCCUGCUUCAUGCGGGAUGAUGGUAUAUAAACUCCCAACAUCCAUUGUGAUGAGGAUACCAUUAAAAGGUCCAACUUGAUUCAGACGUUGUAGUAAAUCUGGAGUGUCCUUGAUACAUGUGACCAAGGGCGUCCAGGCGGAUGUUCCAGAUUUUUAUGUAUCUUAGGAAGUGUAUACAAUAUAGAGGUGCGGGAUGUUUUUUUUUGAAGGUAUUGAAAUAACUCCACAUUUAUGUGCCCUGCUUGUAGGCCAAAAGUGAGCACAUCCUCAAUUCUUCUUGCGAUUGAAUUUGUGGGAUCAUCAUCCAAUCGCAUAUAGGUUUUUGUAUCACUCAAUUGACGUCUUAUUUCUCCCGCAUAAGUGUUAUAAUUCAGGAUAACGAUUCCUCCUCCCUUGUCAGCCGGUCGAAUUACAUUUGUAGGGUCUGCUGCCAAAUUCUUGACCAAGGCAUAUUCGUCUUUCGACAGGUUGAAGUGCCUAGUAUGAUGUUUCUGUAAAAUAGUAUCAGUAUCCCACUUGGUUGUUGAGAGAGAGGAUUUGAUGGAUAUCUGGUUAGCAGGGGGGGGGGUCAAAGAUACUCGGAGAUUUAAAUUGAUAAGUAGUUCUUACUGUCGGGGGAAUCAGUGAAGGAGAUGGAGGGUUUUUAAAAAAAGUCCUUCAGUCUGAUAGAACGGCCAAAUUUAAACAACUCUUCCUGAGAUUUUCCGUCAAAAGCCCAUGUUUUGUUUUCGACGCAAUGUGGGAACCUGAAGAAUUUAUUGGUCAAAACUGACCCACAACAUUGCUACAGUCCUGUUAAAAAAGAGAAUACAAAUGUUGGGUGUAUUAGGUGUUUGAGGUGUGAGACGUGCGGUCACAUUAUCCCUUUGAAAACCUUUACUCACCUCCAUACAGGCAAGCUUUAUAAAAUCCAACAGCACAUUCAUUGCCGGACCGACUUUGUUAUCUAUAAAUUGACGUGUCCAUGCGGCCUUAAUUAUAUAGGUAAAACAGAGACGGCUCUCUGUGAGAGAAUCAGAGGCCACAGGUCUAGCAUUCGACUUGCCUAUCGUGAUGGCAAGUCGGACAAACCAGUGGCCAGACAUUUGUGGGAGUUUCGAUAUCAACUCUCAUCUUUACGAUGUAUUGCUAUUGAGCAUUUUCCCAUUCCGGCCCGAGGGGGAGACAGAGGUAAACUCUUACUGCAAAGAGAGCCCUGCUGGAUUUUUCUGUUGGGAAACUUGUCACCCAAGGUCCUGAAUGAAAAACAUUCAUUCUCAGUUUUUUUGUAAUCAUUUUUUUGUUUGUAUUUGUUCAUCUAUUUGUGGAGGGUAUAGGCCAUUUAACGAAAAGAAAAACUUCCUCCUUGGUCCAUAUAUCUGAAAUUGUUCUUUUUAAUUUUAAGGUAGACUGUUUAUUUUAAAAGAAUAAUUAUAUUUUAUUGUGUGUGUGUGUAUACACACUAUCUCACGGGUGUUUAAACAGGAUGAAUUCCCACCUCUGGGAUUUUUAUUAUCUUGUUUUUUUUUACCAAUAUUGAUUUUAUAAGAUAUUUCUUUCCCCCUUUUAGGGAAAUCAUAUUUGCACAUAAAUAAUUAAUUUUUUGACCUUUUGUCACUAUCUAGUAUAAUCACAUAUUACAAGUGAAGUUUACUUACACAUCAGACACGUUAAGUGAGUGGGUUAUUUUGCCCUCCCCUUCUUUUAGCUUGGAAUUUAGCCAAACUACAAACACUGUCUAUAUUUACACUUUAGCUAUAUUUGAGCUGAGACUUUCUAUUUUGUUAAAUGAUUUAUUUCCCUGCAGUGGUCUAUUUCUAUUUUCCUGAGUAUUGCUUAUUCUGGCAUUUCCCUCUUGGCCGCUAGGGUGUGCUUCGGUUGCCAUGAUAACACUAUGCUUAACACUAAGGUUGGUCAGUCUAUUGAAGUUUGUCCCAGAUCGGCGCCGGUACAUGCGGGAGCAGCCAAUGAGACGUAGGCGUCUAUGGUUGCUCUGGCGACGUGGCUGCCCAAUCAGGACGCACAGUGUGGAUUACCCGGAAGUGUACACGAGCGUGCAGGCAACUUGAGCGGACAUGGCGGCAGACGGAAAUGAUCACCUGUCUGUAAGUACCUAUUUUAUUGAUUAUGUGUCCUAUAUAAGCUUUUUCAUUCUACAUGUUAUGAGUGUCCCGAUAAAAGCUCCUUAGGGGUGCUGAAACGUUGAUGUACUUUUCAGAAUAAAGAAGAUUUUGAUUUGGAAAACCUUGGAGUGCUGGUAUUUUCUCUGUGUGUGUGUAUAUAUAUGUAUACACACACACAGCCUAAGUGUAUUUUCAUAUAUAUAUCUAUAUAUCUAUAUCUCUAUAUUUUUUACAUUUUUAACAUAUAUAUAUAUAUAUAUAUAUAUAUAUAUAUAUAUAUAUAUAUAUAUAUAUUUUAAUAUAUGAAAAUACACUUAGGGUGUGUGUGUGUGUGUGUGUGUGUGUGUGUAUAUAUAUAUAUACAUAUAUUUAUUAAUUACACAAGAUCCAGCGCACUCACCUAUCCACUAAACAGCAAAUUCAAUGUUGACAGAUUUUAUUGUUUUGUUUUGUUUUUUUAAUUUUUUUUUUUUUUUUUUAAAACACCUAAUAUAGGCAAAAAUAAUGCUGCACAUUUGUUAUUUAGCGCUUACUCUUUUUCUUGUUUUAUUCUGUUUAUAAUGAAUGCCUAUCAAACCGAUUGGGGAGCACAUCUGGGGUUCUCAGAACAUCCAAGGUUUAUGGAACCACACAUUGACUCAUCAAUCCUUAAAUGUUCUUGAGCUGCAAGCAGUUUUGCAAGCCCUUCUCCAGUUCUCCUCUCUGAAACAUUGUUGAGGGUAGACAACACCUCGGUAGUUGCUUUUAUCAGUUUUCAAGGGGGGACAAAAGUAGAGGCCUGAUAAAGAUAAUUUCUACUCUGAUGGCAUUGGCAGAGAGGAACUUCAAGCCUGUGUAUCUCUCGGGGAAGUAAAUGUCUUAGUGGAUUUCCUGAGCAGUGUGACAUUGGAUCCAACAGAAAGUUCUCUCUCCUAUAAGGCAUUCCAGAAAUGGGGCCUUCCUCAAGUAGAUCUAAUGGCAAAAUUUCAGAACAACAAAAUGGAAAGGUAUUCUCGCAAUUCUUCAACCCUUUGUAAGACAGGGAUUACCUGUCUUGCAAGUGGAGAUUCAAUCUGGCGUAUGUGUUUUUUCACUACCCUCUCAUAUUGCCUUUUGUUGAAGAGGAUUCAGCAAGAACUAGCAUUCAUUCCUCAUUGGCCCAGACACAUGUGGUUUCCCCUAUUGCAGAAACUAUCCCCAGAUCCUACAUUGGAUCAUUCCAUCAUCACUCAUUGGAUCCAGGUCAUCCAGCACCCCAUCCUUGAAAUUGAUGAUAUGGAGAUUGAAAGGCAGUGCCUCUUAAAGAAAGGCUUCUGUGAUUGUAAUUGAGAAUUUUCUCUGAGCACAGAAGAAAUCUACCUCUUCAACCUAUUAUCGCUUUUGGGAAAUUUUUUAUGACUGGUGUGUUUUUCAUAAUGUCCCCCCUCAGUCUCCUGAGAUUAUCAACAUUCUUUAGUUCCUUAUUAUUGGAUAAACCGCUUGCCUUCAUCUAUGAUAUUGGCAGAUUUUUGUGGCUAGAUCUUUUUCUAGCUAUUGGUUUAGCAGGCAUGUUCUUUCCGCGGCCUGGUAAUUUAGUUUCUAAUAAAUGUUGCAUCAUGCGUUUUAUUUCUUGGCUUACUUUGUUUUUCCUCUCUUAUGUCUUUAGCUCAGGUAUUACCACAGAUAUAUAGUGGAAAACAGAAAAUUAAUUCCAUACUUACUAAUACUCUCCCCCCCCGCCGCACCCAGAUAUAGGCGAUGGCAGAACUACAUUUCCACCCUUACUUUUGCCCUUAGGGGAUGGAGUCUCUUAAUAUUUAAUUGGGUUUCUUGUCCUAUUUAAGUGUAGUGGGAGCUAUACCCAAAUGUAGUGCAGCCAUGGGCUAAAUUCGGGACAAGUAUGGAAUAAAUUUUUAUGUUUUGUCAGUGUCUGUCAGUUCCUGUUAUGUGCAUGAAAGUUGAGUGUUGGAUUAACUUGUCACCUCCAGCAGAAAGUGUAUUACAGACAGAAUGGACAUUACGAGAAGUGCUUGAUAAUUGAAGAGAAGGAAGGAGUGGUAUGUGAAUGAUGGCUGAGAAAUGUAUUGUGAAAGAUGGUGAGGAACAGUAAAAAUGCUUGAGGAAAGUGAGCAUUAAGUUGUGCCCAGGAUUUGGAGCAUCAUCCACGGGAUCUAUAAAGAAAUUUGUUCAGAGUAUAAACAGGAAGUGCUUAGUAUGGCUAAAGCAUACCAUUAAUGCUUUCUGGUGGCAGUGUAAUAAAUCAUGAGACUUAUCGUGAGUGUUUCCAGAACCCAGCAAUAACAUAACUUUUACUGAAACAUGGGUUAUCCCCAUUUCCAGUUUAGUGGGAGUUUCUGCUGAUGGGGGGCAUUGCUAUUUUAUUUUUGUUUUUGUUACCACGAUAUGUCUUGGACUAGAGUAACUAUAAAAACACAGUUGUUAACGUUUUUGUAUCAUGUCUCCGCUUGUGAUGUGCCAUCACAGAUCUUGUAAUUGGAAUUGACCGCUUAAAUGCAGCUUUAGAAAUUACAUAUACCCUAAAAGGACGAUUUAGGUGCUGCAGCUACCUCCUGUUUUACCCAGCUUUAGAAAUGCCAGAAUUUUUUUGCCAACAUGGCAUUUUUUUUUAUCUGUGGCAGGUAUAUUAUUUAAUAAGAGGUAAUGGAGUACGCAACGCGACAUAACCAUUACAGCCCGAUGUCUAGAAUCCCUUGGCACUGUCACUAGGUUUAAGAACUGUUUGAUAAACACAGAUCAUACCUGGGCCCAAGAAACCUUUCCAUCUCACUACUGUGGCAUUCGAGAAUUAAUGUUUCCACAUUAUAAUUGUCAAUUUAAUUGAACAUGGAUGGCAUGGGCUGAGAGUGAUGGUCUAACAAUGUUAGAGUGCCCUUAAGUAUACUGGAAUAUUUUAUUUUUUUAUUUCUAUUUUUGUUGGGGAAAUUUCCUCUGAUUUUAAUGACAAUAUACAGAUAUCUGAUGGAUAAGAGUUAAACAAUUUAAACAGAACGUGCAUUUAUAUCAUACAUCAUUCUUGGUUAAGCGUCCUAGCAGCUCAGGUGAAGGUGACGUGUAAGAAGAGUGUAUAGGUAGCUCCCGAGUCGGUAUUUUAAUUCUAGCUGCUGCUGUGGACCUGAAGUGUAGCCCUCUGGCAGCCCUUGUGGGUUGAAAUUAAAGCGUGGAAAUGUUAGUAAAACCUGUUGUCCGCUCGUGUGGGCAUAUAUCUAUAAUGUGGGAUACCCCGCUAUCCGCAUAAGAAUUAAACAAUUUGAACAUAACGUGCAUUUAUAGCAUACAUACAUCAUUCUGGGUUGGGCGUCCUAGCAGGUCAGGUGGGCUAUGUGAGAAGAGUGUAUAGGUAGUUCCCGAGUCUGUAUCUCACUCUGGCUGCUAUUGUGGACUUAAAGCGUGCCCUGUGGUAAAGCCCUCUAACAGCCCGUGUGAGUCGGAUAUUAAGACAUUAGUAGCACGUUUCGGCUGCUCAUCCGGGCAUAUAUCUUUAAUCUGGGAUAACCCGCUAUCCGCUCAUAGGGGCUUAAGCUUAACCGCCCGGCUCAGCGUGUUGACAGGGCUAUCGGCUUAUGGGGUAGUCCCCAUUGGUAGGGCAUUUGGGCGGCCUGUGUACCGUUCAGGUAUAUGCCUUGGUGGGGCCCGUUAGUGACUCUUAUGGAGUCAUAAUGCUUACUGUGGUAGGGCUCCAUUACAACUCACGUGGGGUAAGGCAAGCACCUCGACUGCAUAGGUUGGCAUCUCUAGUGGGAUGAACAUGAGCCUAUUGGCAAAAUGUGAGUUUUUCUCGUGUGGUUAAUUUAGACAUGGUGACAAUGUCUGUCAGUGGCUGCUGUGGGAUUAAGAUAAACUCUGGAGUCAAUAUCGGCCCAUUGGUAGGGCAUGUUAGAGGCUCUUGUAGUUUUAAAGCUUCACAGAGCAAAAAGAAAAAUAAAGGUAUUGGAUUAACUGAAGAGUUUGUGUUGUCCCGGUUAGUCCUCUAUAGGUCCUGCUGUUAGUCUUUCGUAGAACCUACUGUAGCCUUGCAAAACGCUGGAACCUCGAUGAUAACGUAGGUUGUGUGGACAAGAGAGUCUCUUUAUGGGGGGUCUUCUCGCCCCAGUGGGUGCGUGUCUCCUGUGGGUCUGUUUCCUCUUUUCUGCUUUGCAUUAGGGGUCACUGCUUUCUGGUUAUGUGAGCUGCUCCGAGGGGGUCGAUGUUGGUAUAUUGAGUCUUUUUAGGAACUCUGUGUGGUCUUCAGCGGCCGACAGGGUGUGUAUCGCAUCUCCCUGAGGUACCACUAGUGUUCCAGACAACCCCCAUCGGUAUUUAAUGCCGUUAUCUCGCUGAGUCCUGGUGAGGGGCAUGUACUUGCGCCGUUUGAGGAGGACUGUAAAGGGUAAGUUCUCAUAUAUCGAAAUCCUAUUGUUUGCGGUCACCAGGUUUGGCUUUUGUCUAGAUCGCGCCAUGACAGCGGUUUUCACUGAUAUGUCUCUUGAGACAACUAUGAUAUCGCGGGGUGCAUCCACAGGCGCUGUGGGUGCUUUCCGUACCCUGAAGGCUGACACUAGUGGUGGCCGUUCGUCUUCUGUCUGAACUCCCAGUGCUUGCAGGAACUCAUUGGCAAACUCGAGCAGGGCUUCUUUGCCUAUUGUCUCUGGGGCCCUGCGGAUUCUGAAAUUUUUCCGUCGGUGGCGCGUUUCUAGGGAGGUCACCGUGCGUGUAAGGUGUUGCAGUUAGUUCGUGACACGGGAGUCGGUGUCAUCGAUCUUUUUCCCCCUCUCCCCUUCUCGGGUCUCUAUUGCUCCCAUGGGCCGGUUCAGGCCUCCUAUUUCCUCCUUGACCCCAGCGAGGUCCGCCUUCCACACCUCUCUCAGGUCCCACAGGAGGUUUUUAUGUCUCCCUUGGUGGAUGGGGACUUAUCGGAGUCUGAUUCUGCUCUCUGGUACACUCCGCUGUGGGUCCGGGGUGCUUGAGUUGUCUCAUCCUCCAAUGAGAGCUCGGAGUCACUUGAGCCGCGUGGCUCCGCAGGCGCCAUGUCUGGUCGGACCUGCUGCGGCGGCCUACAGAAGGACAGUCGGAUGUCUUUGUGUUUCUGAUCCUCUGCUUAGGCCAUUUUUCGGUGCUUUCUGCCCAUCUCUCUUGGAGGGGUGUUCCUGGUGUCUAGACGGUAAAUUUUUGAGCUCUGUUGCGGUAUUUAAAGUCAGAUUUUGUGUCUCUGGAGCGGGAGCUCUUCAAGUGUGCGACCGUUCAGUAGCUCAGCUAGCCACGCCCCCCCCCCAAGUAUACUGGAAUGUUAAAUGUAGUAUUUUGGAAAGUGAAAGAUCCUCUUGUGACAAUUCGGAUAUAAGCUGAUUGAACUAGGUAUAUUUUACCUUGUGUAAACCAAGAAAGGGCUCAAGGUUAAAUUAAUUGUGGUAUGUGUUAAGAGCACUAAAAGAUGUGACCUAUUUAUUCAAAUCCCAAAACAUAGAUUUACUAGACCACUUACUGACAUUUUACUUAUUUUUAUUUUUUAUUUUUCUGGCUUCCUGUGGAGUUUGUUCUCUGAGGUAAAUGACAACUGAAAUAGCUGUUUGAAAGGUCUUGAAAUACCUUUUUUGAAGUGUUGAAAUGUAUUGUUGGCUACACUGUGUUAAUUAAAAAUCCAGGAUUUUAUGCUAUAUGGACUACCCCUUAACAUUCGAGUUCAGCAUAUAAUGUUUUGCUUUUCUCACGCUGUUGAAUAUUCUGUUAUCUUUUAUAUGAAAUGUUAACUCACAAGCUGAAUUUAAUCACUAGACAUGUUUUUAAAAGGGCAAUCCUGCAGGUGGUUUUUCCUCCUCUUAUAAAUGCAUUGUAAGAAGGCUGCAUAAAAAAUACUCCCAUUUCUAUUUACUUCCUUUAUAUUAUAUAAAAUCUGCAGUCUUUGAUUUGUUCUCCAUAAAUAUCUUUGGAAUUAGAUUUUUCAUAUGGACAUUGGCAGUAUUCACAAUGGAGUUUUUGCUCUCUCUUACUUCAGAAUGGUAGGCAACUCCUUCAAUCUCCAAUGAUAUAAAAACGUGGAUUUCUGUUUUAAAUCAUUUAUUUAAAUGCCUAGUUAGUAAAACUCUAUUUAAAUUAUGAUCAUAAAAAACUAAUUCUUGCCGGUUGUAAUAAUUUUAAUAUUUUUAACCUGUUGAGUUAAGUCCACGUUAAUUUAACACAUAUCACAUUUUUUUUUUUUUAUAUCAUUAAAGAUACAUUGAUAAUUAUGAAAUUAUUAAAAGGUUAAAGUAUCACUAUAUGGUCAGGAACAUGUAUUCCUGUCCCUAUAGUGCUAAACCCACCGUAUAGGUGGCUUGCCCUCCUAUAUAAGUUUAAAAUGCACCUUAUUUCCAGCGCUGCACUGGCUCCGUCCCCUUUGUGACCUCAUCGGAAUGGCCGAUUUUAAGCCUAAAAUCGUUACGAGGUUGGGGCCAAAUGCAGUUUUCCUCAUUGAGAUGUAUUGACGCUGAGCGUGGAGACGCUGAACGGCAGAGCUGCCUACUGUGCAGCCCUGAGCCAGGAAGCCCCUCCAGUGGCCAUCUGAGGAGUGGCCACUUGAAGGUGUCCCUAGGGGCAAUGUAAACACUGCCUUUUCUCUGAAAAUGCCUGAAGGGAGCUAUUAUACUCACCAGAACAACAAAAUUAAGCUGUAGUUGUUCUGGUGACUAUAGUGUCCCUUUAACAAUUAAGCAUGCUUUAUGCUAGUCCAGUAACAGGCAGCCAGCCAUGUGGUGAAGCUUCAGAACGUUGCCGUAAAAUACUGCGGGGAGGAAUACUUGUUCCUAUGCCAAAACCCACCUGGGCCCCAUUUGCAGCUCACUAGAGCCAGGUGCAGUAAGUGAACAUGGGCAUCUCAAGGGCGAGAAAUCGAGCUCUGGUAGAACAUCAUUGGUUUCAAGGCAUUUUGCUAUUUAAUCACAAGGCGUUGAGCAUUCUCUGUGCAGUUUUAUUGGUUUCAAAUGUCUGAUUUUAUUUUUGUGCUGUGACCCUAGUUUAGUAUUGUGCUUGCUUUUUUUUUUUCCCAGUUAAAAACAAAACCUGUUAUUUUUUUCGAUUUCUAAUGAACCCCUGCCAGAAAGAUAUAAAGAGGAUUGUAGUCCGUGGUACUGGGGACAGUAGGGUUACUAAAUAGUUAGAAAUGUCCGCAUCCAUGUCCUAAUUUCAGUACAAUUUUCAGCAGAUUUUGAACUGCUGCGUUACAAGCAGUUCAACCUGUCCCUUCCCAGGAGCAGACAUACUGGUUAAAAAGAGAGAAAGAAUUGAAUUUCCUUAGUCAAGUUCUGUUGAUCCUCAAAGGAUAUUAGAGCAUGAGUCUUACGCUGAUGAACUGUAAUCGUUCACUGAGGAAGGGGAACAAAAGCGGAUUAAAAAGUUCUGCUAUUUAAUAAAAGGCUCAGGAUCUCAAGUGUCUUCUAAUGCCUUUCUGAUACCUCCUUUAUUUUAGAAACCCAGACCUUCCAAGUGUCCCUAUUUUGGCCCCUCUUUCUGUAUUCUAAUGUCCCUAUUUUCUAUGAGCUCCAUAUUGUUGCUGUGUCUGAGUGUAUAAUAGAGCUCCACAAUAAUAUUGUGUGUAAAUGCAAUAAUUGAGUUCUGCAUUAAAUUUAGAUUACAUACAUUAUCAGUAAGUCACCUAAAAUUUCUCAGAACAGCCCUGCCCCUGCCACACCAAAUUUUUGUGGCACCGUUGCUUUUUUAUUUAUUUAUUUUUGGUCCUGGUUAGUGAGUCCUGUUACCACUUGGUCAGUUCUUGUAUGAGCAAAAUCACCUUGCCAAUCUAUCGAAAAGAACCAUAAAACAAAAGAGCACAAAUAAGAAACGAAUCCAUUUAGAGAGUAACAGUUCCACAAUGACAAAGAGCAUUAUAUCAUAUAGUAUGAUAAUAUAAACAGUAUUUAUUUUUAAAUGAAUUAUGUAGCAGAGCCAAUACUAACUCAUACAUAAUAUACUUUGCUCUGGCUGAAACCAUAUUCUGACCUAGAAAGUGACUUUGCUCCUGCCUUCUACACAAUAAUGGGACUCUUAAAGGAGAACAUACAAAACCUUUCAUAUUACAGGUUAGUGUUACUUGACUGAUGUUGAGCACAAACCUAUACAACAUUGGUGUUCACUUUGAGCAACACCCCCCUUCUUUAUAUUCUUAGGCAAUGAUAACAUAUUACAAAAUAAAUGAAAAACCUCUAGACAUUAACAUAACAUUGUUAAAAACAAAACCUAUGAGUACGGAGACUCUCUUAGCUCAAUGCUGAAAGAAAAAGACUAAAGAAUUGGUCUGGGUACCGUUGCCCUGUCCUUUUUAACCCUACAAUAUAAAGCAUUGCAGUUUUUAGAAACUGUACUGGAGGUACUUUCGCUGCAUGCGAUGCUGAAGCUUAUAGGAAAGUAUUAAAUUUUGUGCUUUCCUACUGAGAAGCUGGAAUUUUCCUGCAACGCUCAAGUCCCCAAUGCUCAUCUCUGAAGAACAUUGAAUUGGCCAUUGUUGGAGGAGGCUCAACAAUAUGUCGCAGAAGCAGAGAAGUUUAGCAUCGCAUCACAAAAAUGCACACCUCUCCAAUAGAGUACGGAGAUCCAAUAUGCGAUAGUGGAUAACACAAAUCACAGCACCGUGAAAGAGUUGAUAAGGGAAUUAAGUGACAUACCGGCUCCGCCAUAAGUAUAUAAGAUACCACCAUUAAUUAAGAGAAAAUGCACGAUCGCGGAUGGGACGUCUUCCUCAAAACAGGGUAGCUGACAGGCGGACACUAAUACUAGCAUCAGUGGGUCAGGGGGAGGAUUAGACCCCGAGUAAUAAACCUAAGAUAAUUUAGUAGUUGUAAACUUUAAUACAAUAUUGAGACCACGAUAACGCUAGGUGAACUCCACCGUCUCCAUUUGAUGAGGCCUCAGGUACCAGAUUAUACUCACUAUACAUAGAAGUGGUUGGGAAUUUCUGGCUCACAGAAUGGAACCAAAUGCGAAAUUAGAUUUAUUAUGUCCCCUCUCUUUAACCCAGUGAGAAACCACAGAGUUUCUGAAAAGUGGAAUACUACCAUAGCUGAAAUUAAUCUGUAUGAAACAUAACGCAGGGGAGAUAUAUCCCCACAUUUGUUUAUUGAAGCUAACAAGGACCUGCAAGUCCGACGACUACCUGGGCCUGCGAGCCAACGUGUCUACAUAAUUUAUGACACCCUUCCAAAGUUCACUCUGUCUAUGUUACCGAUUCAUAAACGCAAUGUGUUCGAGACCUGCAAGUCUCACUGCUAGGUACAUACAAAACUUGCAAAUAAUAAAAUAUAUCUUUACAAAAAUAAGUUUAGCAUUGCCACGGCAACUGAAAAAGGUGAGUAAACCUUUUAUUUUAUUAGAUUUCACCUCUAUGCUGACUGGCAUUUACAAAGGAUAGAACGUUUUAUAACAAGGAUUGACCGGUAGCUAUGAUAGAGGUGUGGGUUCUACUUUUAAUUACAUGUUAUACAUCACAAAUCCAUAUUUAUUAAAUCUAGGGGAUAGGUAAGCAUAAUAUUAAAAAUCGUGGAAAGUGACUGAUCCUCUUUUCCGUUUUGUGAUGAGGGUUUGAAUAUUGGUAUUGUAGUUACCGUAACACAAAUCUUAAAUUGUUUUAUAGUACAUGGGCACCACUUCCUACUGUGUUUGCCACAGCAGUAAAAAUGUCUCCGGCUAGCACUAUGUUUGAAACAAUGAGUGGUACGCGAUGAGAGGCUGUCAUCUCGAUGUGCUUUCAUCUCCAACAUAGGAUACUUUGUGCUGCCUUGCAGCACUAUUUCAGCAGUAAUGAAGCACUUAGUGGUUUGAAAAGGUAAAGAAUGGACAGUCUAAUCGCGCUAGUCCCCUUCUAAGGCACAAAAUUAGGCAUUUAGAAGGGGCUGCAAAUAUUUGUGUGCAUUCAGUGGAUGAAUGUGCAUUUAAAAUCGUGCUGGUACACCAUAACACCAUAUAACGGGACCUUUGAAGAAAAAAGGGAGUCCUUCUUCCCUGCAAUUUGUAUAUGAAUUAAUGUGAUCCACAGCAAUUUGAGAUCCUUUUAGCUUAGAGUAAAUUAAGUGAAUAAAGUUAGAGUUGAGUGACAAUGUGUGUGUGCUACUCUUGAAUCAGAUCACAAUGUCAGUGUAGUGUGCUAUAACAGACAAAACACAAUAUGUGGGACAGCCCACUGUGGUGGUUAUGGUCCAAUAGUAUCAGGAUGCUGUUCCCUGGUAAGGGAGCAAUCCGUUUUGCAGUGGUUUUCCCUGGUAAGGGAGCAAUCCGUUUUGCACCUUUGCCGGCUAAACCAGCAUCUGGCUUCUUUAGAAGGCACAUCCCAAUCCUGCUGUUCAUUCAUUGGAUGAGAAGUGGCUAAUGAAGACUGUUCAAGGUGGUCCCAACUCGGGCAGUAAUAUAAAAUAUUGAAUACACUGCACAUACAGCACUCUUGUACCAUGAAAACUUCCAUAACCAUUUAAGAUUUGUUUUAUUUAAUUUGCCUCUACAUGCUUGAACUUGACUCAUUUCUACAUAUCGGCUAUAUCAUUAAAUAUAUAGCUAAUUCAGAAUAUAUAUACAUAUAUAAAUAUGGGUAAAAAUAAAUUUUUAAUAAUCCACAAUAAUGUCACUAUUAAUAGUAUGUGUGUGUCUGUGCCCGUUCCUUGAACCAUCUUUUUUUUAAAAAAAAUAGAAUUUAAAACCAACCUCAGCUGACCUGCUUAAACUGCUCACAUUAUCCUUUCCUCUGAGAAUAUGUUUAUUUUUAAAUGCUGUCAAUGAAUUAGGCUGCAUUUCAUGGCAGAAUGAAAUUGUCUGAAGUCUUCCUUUGCCUCAACCCACACAGCAAAGAGAAAUGUAAUUGAAUUUUGGUUUCUUUGUGCGUCUAGAAUUGACUUCCAGCUGGGCAGCACUAAUUAUUUAAUUUUUUUUGAAUGGGAACAGAUAAGCGCAACCUGCUUCUAUGUUCGUUUUCAGUAAAGAUCUGUUGCUUCUAAUGACCAUAAUCCUUUUAUUGCUGAUUGACUUACAAGUGAUGUGUUGCUUAUUUUUUCUAAAACCUUGGAUAUUAAUAGUUAAUAUUUUAGUUCAGACUACCAUGUUCUGUAGACCUACUACAGUGUUUCUCUCCUCUUUAUCCAACACAUUUUAGCAAUUCCUAAAUUUUAAUUUUACUUUUUACGAGUACAAUUAUUUCUAAUUUUUAAUAUAAGGACCUUUUUCUAUCAGAUAGUAAUUUGGUACUAAAUUCCACCCUGGCGUCCUUAGACCUCACCCACCUCCUUUUCUCUUAAAUGGCAGUCUUUACAGUGCUAAUACUGCAGGGACAGGCUAUAGACAACAGAGCCACUACAUUAAGCUGAGGGGGUUCUGGUGGCAAUAGUGUCCCUUUUAAAUAGAUUCUCUCAUUAUAAUCGUAUGUCAGAUGCAUCUAUUGCAAAAUAAUAAGCAUCGGGUGAGAGAAUCUCAUCUAAAAUGAAUAAACAUGAUUUGUUAUCAUGAUUACAUGUAGAUAGUAAUGAAAUUUUUUUUAUUUUUUUUUUAUCGGAAUUUGAUUGAGGCACAAAGUUAAAAGUCAGAGAGACAUAGUUGCAACAAACAUAUACAUUCAACACUCAGAGUAGGCUAGCUUCAAAAACCAUGCAGGAUCCAAUCGGUAUACAGAUAGGUAUAUAAUGGUCACAUAUAGAUUAGGGGGGCCUUUUUUUUUAUAUUACAGGAGAGAAUAAUAAACAGUGCAAUGUAAAUUGACUAAGAAGGUAUGAUAACAUAACGUUGUUAGAAUGCAGUGGGUAUACAGGAGAAAAGGAAAGCAGCCUAAGUUAAACAACAUCAAAACAUAGUGAUUAUUCCACUGGGAAUUAAAUGUGGAGGAGAAUCCCUUGCAUAGGGUAAGGCACCAACCGCCAUAGUGGGACUAAGUAAGCCGUUUGACCGUCGUCAGCCAAUGCCACAUAGAGGUCACAGAGGAAUGUUCAUUCCAGCUCCAUCAAAGCGAGUGACUCUCACCUACUCAGAGUUCCCCAGGCGCAGUUUUGUGAGAUUUGGCUUAGUGGUUUGUGACCCACAACGCCUCCCGUCAGAGAGUCUCAGAGCCCGGGCUGCAAUGGGAUCCUCCUACUUCAGGCGGCAGAAUCGGUGGCUUGAGGGGUCUCCGGUCAUUAACAACCCCUUGAGUGUGUGAAUGGUGAGUCGGAUGGGACUACGAAGGGGCUCCCAGCCCAGAGGGAAAGCAAGGAGGGGAGGCCGCAGUCUGGAUCAGCUUGCCAACAGCUUCUGCAGGGGUGUGGGCUCAGCAUAUCAAAUGGUACUGAAGCGCUUGGCAAAUGGUAUCUAAUCUUGUGAGGAAGGCAUCCAGCCACUUCUGGGCUUCAGACUAAUUUGAGCUUUGACGAGGCGGCCAUAUUAAGCACGCCACUCAGUCAUCAGAUCAGCAGAGAUUCAGUUAGGCUAAAGCACAGGCUUCUCCAGCAGGGACUGAUAUUAACCCCACACGUCCAGAUGUGGGGAACGAGGACUCGACUGCAUGAGCACUUUGCGCUCUCCACGAUAAGAGAUUUUCUGCAUUUCUCAAGCUCUGGGCACGUAAGGCAGCAGCUCUGGAUGUGGAAUCACCUCGUCGAACCUAGAUAUUCCCGGCCCAUAGGGAUGAAGGUAGAAACAGUAGUUUUAGAUUGGCUUCUGCUGUUUUUUCAGGCUGAUCAAUCCCACUUUUAAGUGAAGAUAGUCCUAGAGAAACACAUCUGGCAAUCUUAGUGUCAGACCCGCCCCCUGAAUAUAUCCUUUUUAGCAUCUUCUCAUCAUCCAUUCUAAUAUUAAAUAAAUAAGAAUUGCAGUGGCAGCAGCACACAACAUAACCCCUCUUCAUAUGCAUACAGCCCAUAUCACCCUUCCAUAUCAUUAAAGACAAACUUCACUUUAAAUGUAGGAUGGAUUGGUUAGAAACAGUGCUAAUUUUGGCAGCAAAUUCCAGUUUAGUUUGUUAUAGUCUUCUGACUAAAAGCCAUUUUAGUUUGUCGUAUUUUAGUCAUCUGAAUUGUUUUCGUUUUAGUCAACUAAAUCUCCAGUAGAUUUUAGUCGACACGACUAAAAUUGGGCUUAGUUGAAGUCUCUAUGGUCUCUUUUGCACCUUCUCCAGACCCUCUUUGUGUCCUCCCAGCCCCUGUGGGUGUUUCACUCCAAAAGCCCUGGUCUGUUUCUUUUACCCCUUCCACAGCCUCUCUGUGCAGUGUUGAUUGUGGUGGCACAUUUCUAUUUAGUUUUCGUUCUAGUCCUUUGACUAAAAAGCCAUUUUAGUCAUAAGAAUUGUUUUGGUUUCAGUCUAGCUUUAGUCGACUAAAAUUGUUCGUUGAGAAAAUUAACACUUGUUAGAAACACCAUAAUGUAAAGAACAGUUCUUUUAAAAUAAAAAAAUAUAAUGCUUGAUAAGUAUGUGUGUGUGUGUGUGUGUGUGUGUGUAUGUGUGUAUAUAUAUAUAUAUAUAUAUAUGUAUGUAUGUAAAUAUUUGUGCUCCAAAAAAAUAAAUAUUCUGUAGAAUUAACCUCCUAGUAUAUGCUCACAUUUCUUCACGGACCACCCCUGAGCAAUACUGCAAACAUGUCAUAUCACGAAUUAUCUUUAACACAGUGUUUCUUGUGGAGAAUAUUCUGAAUUGGAUUGCAUUGUAAUCUUCUGCUGCUCAGCAUGUUCUGCAUAAAAAACCACCCACAAUACUCACACUUCUUUAGAAAUGAUUAAAUUCCAUGUGAAUUAAAUGAUGUCUGUAGUGUUGUAAUACAAUUUCCUUGGGCACUCGACUAUCACCGUUCGAUGUUGCUUCUUGUUUUUUUUCUUCUUCUAGUAAGCCACGACUCUUACGUUCCAAGAUGUUACUUUCUUUUUAGAUUGCCAGCUGGAGAAACUUCCUAUGAGGCCUCGGGACAGAGCGAGAGUCAUUGAUGCAGCAAAACAUGCUCACAAGUUUUGUAACACAGAGGAAGAAGAAGCUGUUUAUCUACGCAGGUAACGCACAUGGGUAUACCACAUUCACCCCAAACCUGUACUGCGGGUACUGACUUUCAGCUGUGAUAUAACCAAUUUCAUUGUAUUUACUGUAUACAGUAUUGUUUACUACUGCUUGUGCUGCCAUAAUGGGGAAUGUUCCUUGUAAUAUAUUUCAGGUCGAUGUAGGUUUUAGUUUUUGGCUGUAGCAAACCACUUUUUAACUCUUUGAUGCAAGUACUUAUUCUUUUGACAUUGAACAAGCAUUUAUUUUCCAGCAAGUCAAAAAGUUGUUAUUGGGCGGGUGGGACCUGGCUGUUCGACUAAACAGACAUGUUUGAGACGUGCUCCUCACCAAAUCUUGAUUAUUCAAAUUAAAGUGUGGUUGAGCCACAGUCUUGCAUCCUAGCGACUACUUACCUGAUCUAGCAGGAAGAGGGGAUCCCUCGAUACUGCUCGGAGCUUUCUCUUGGUUACCUACGCCAUGGAGUUGAUAUCGCUGUGCCUUCCUGUUGUUGUUCCAUCCCCCUUCUGGACCCAAGGAGAUCAUCCUGGUCUAGACUACAAUGUCUAGCAUAUCCUGGGUACUAAGCAAGCUGCAUGCUUUAACCACAUUGCCCAACCUAAAAUGGCCACUGACAUUCCUGUGACAGCGCCCCUCGACAGAGGCAAAGCAGCAGUGGUGGGAGGAAGAUUUUACUGCCAUCUGCUAUCACUUUUGGUGCAGACUAGAAGAGAAGACGCUUCAUCCCUCCUUACCUGCACUACAGCUGGAUCGUGGUUCUGCUGAGGCCCAUCACUUUGAGAGAUUUUGAAACCGACGCAGGGCUGGGAGUUGCAGAAAUGCAUAGCAUGUUUAUUGGAGACAAAACUGCCCUCCCGUAUUCCUCUGCCUAGGCAUCAUAUAACUAAAACUUCCUGGCAGAUGCUUUGAACUAUACCAAGUUGCCAAUUCUCCAUCUUCGGUUGAUAAAUCUUUUUGUUAGCUGUAUAUCUUUUGCAUUUACUUAAGCAGUACAAGCUACAUACAUCGUGCAUUGCUGGUGGAUACAUGUCAGAGCCAUACAUUGUUUAUUUGGUUGACUUUCUCUGUUAUGAAGAGGAAUGCAGGCUUAGUUUAGAACGCAUAAGCAUUACCUUGUGCACAAAGUUGGACAUGAGCUGUAGAGUUUUGUUGACACACCAUUAUGUUUUAUAUUGCUGUCUCUUUACUUAUCAUUGCACAACAAAAGUAUGAAUGUUGUGUUUUGUUUUUUUCCUCCAAGAUCACUUUAGGCAUUUUACACACUCACUCUAAUUUUAUUGUCUUUGAUGUUGAUUCAUGCUUGGUGGAUGUACAAUUGAGUUCUUAAUUAGUUGAACUGCUCUGGUAUUGAUUAACUUGGCCUGGCUGAGCUACUUUUUCUGAGCUACUCUUGUACCUAGAUUUCUCUAUAGGAUAGGGAUGUGCUUGAAUGAAAAGUGUUAAUUCUCAUUUGUUGCACUAGUGGGUAUAAUUAAGAUGCUUGACUCAAUCUGUGGAUGACACCCCCAAAACACUAAUCACCAGCCCUUUUCAUCUUUAUAAAAACCGUGCUUAGAUACUGUAUUGGCAUGUUUUUUUCUUCCAUAUCACAUCUUGUUUGCAACACAUUUACAUAAAUGUUCUGUAUUCUCCCAAAUGGAAACACAUAUCCAUAUUCCCAGCCAUGAGCACUCCUCUGCAACAUUAACCCCAAACUUGCUUCCUGCAUCAUUAACCCCAUAUGGCACUUUAUGCUGCGUUAGUCCGACACAUACUAAUGUACUCAGACAUACAUUCCCACGUAAGCACAGGUACACAUGCUCAUAUACACUUUCCUAUAAAGAUGCACAGUCACACACUCAAAGUUACACAUCAGUAGAUACUUCCUAAUAAUUGCACACACAGGCAUCCAUCAUUACUGGGAUAUAGUGACAGAAAAAAAGAGGAGGACAUGGGCAAGUUGCCUCUCCAUCAUUUUAGCAUGUCUUUAGCCGUAUCCUUCUCCUCCUACCCAUAAUGCAGCUUGGUCCUGAGAGAGGACUCUUCCUUCUGACAGAAUUUAACUCAGGAUCUGGUGCACAAUGUGUGGAAAGAGAGCAAGAAUGACAUAUUACACCCCCACACUUUUCACUCCUAGUGGAACGUAGUUCUGUGUGUUAAGAGGAAAGGUGGUUGGAAACGCAUGUACCACCUCAUGGCAACUCCCUACUAGGCCACAAGAAGGUAGAUCAUGGGCACACACCGAUGAGCUAAAUGUCUGUGUUCAGGCUUGCUCAUUGAAAUACUAAUGUAUUUUUAUUUUCAUUUUCUUUUCCAGGCCAGAUGGCAUUGAGAGACAAUACAGGAAAAAAUGCAGCAAGUAAGCAACUCCUGCUUUUUAUAUAACUAUGUUCCAUAGUGCUCCUUUAAAUUUGAGAUGGAUAUAUGCUGUCCUGCCAUAACAUCUCUCGCACACUUAGAACCUACAGUGUUUUCUCUUGUUUUUUUUCCCUUAUCCCCUUGCAAUAGUUCAGCUGUACAUGAUAUGGUCAAUAUAGAUGUAAGACUAUGUGGUUGUGCAAACUCUCUUAAGUCUAUGUGAAAAGAGUGAACUGUGCAGCAAUAUUGGUAACCUUUAUUUCUAAAAAAUAUAAAUUCAUCUAUUUUUACAGUGAAAUGGUAGCCAUGUCUUCUAAAUAGAACUUAAUUAAUAAAACCCAUGAAUUCAGUUAUUUGCAUUCCUGCUUUUCAUGAAUGAAGCAAACUGAGACUGUGGAGUUUGUGAAGCUGUAAUUGACAAAUGAAACUUAUUCCAUAUGCAUCAAAGCUUCCAGAUAGCUACAGGUGCACCAGAAUAGAUUCAUGUUCCUGGACCGGUGAGAGUUGUGUAGGCAGAGCUACUGAUUUACUGUAGAUGUAUUACUUUAAUGGAAUUCUCCUGAAUCUAUAUUUGUAAUGGUAAAGAGGCAAGUGUGCUUCAUACCAUAAGUAGAUUAUCACAGGCAUAAAUAACUGCUUUCUAUGUCUUUCCCAACCUGAUGUAUCUUAUUUGAAUAUUUACGCAUUAACUUGAGUAAGGAUGUGACUGAUUAUGUUCACGGUGGGAGUGAAUUCACUUCAGGAUGAAAGAGGGGACUGGAUUAUGGUGUUGGUAGUGUAAAGAACCAUGGAUAAUGUAUCAAAAGGAACAGGUAGCAAAGUUGUGGGGGGAGGGGAAUUACGUGCUCUUAAAGGAAUAAUAUAGCAUUAGGAAUACAAAUGUGUAUUCCUAAUGCUAUAACGGCCUGCUAGCUGUCCAUAUGCCCAUAGCCCAUAUGAGGAGGCUAGUGCUCAAAUUACUCAAAUGCUUUACUUUAAAAUUUUUUACUCUGUUCUUCUUACAGGAGAGGUGCCUAUUGUGGCUGUCAAGAAGACAGACACUAGAGGUGUGUGUUUAACCCUGCAGUGAAAACAUUGUAAUUUCAUCACAACACUUUUUAUUUUAUUUUUUUUACAUUUUAUAGGGAUAGAACUAAAUAGCCAAUGCACCCAGACAAAUAGUCUGGGUACUUUUGAUGUUCUUUUAAGUAUAUAAUGGGGGGGAACAAAAAGGGAAACAAACCUCAGUAUUGAGUAAGCUAAAUAAUUAUAAAUGCAUAUUUUUGUAUUAAUAUAGUAUUAGACAAAUAUUCAAAACCAUUCAGAGGAUGCUGGCUAAACUGUUGGUUGAGCAUAAAAUGAAUGGUUUCAUGUUUUCUAAAGAUCACCAUCUUAAGUGCUUAUUUUCUGAGCCUGCAUUAGUGACAGAGAGUAAGGUGGGAAUUGACAUUGUACAAUGAAUACAAACAGAAUAGAUUAGUUGCCAGGAAUAAGAGCAAAUAUGUUGAGGUGCAACAGAUCUGACGCUUUGAAGGAAAGUAGUGCUGUGCAGUGGGUUGCUAGAGAUCACAAAGCAUUUUGAAUAUAUGUGGUUAAUUUCAAUAGCAGAUUGUCAUUCAGUGGUGUAUACAAAACACAAGAACACAAAGUUUGAAAUGUGAAUCUUAGCCAGAAGAGAGACAGUAAAGAGGGUUAAAGAUUGAUUCAGUAGAAUGUGGUAUUUGCAAUAGACUGUGACAGUGGAGGCUAACUUUGACACCUCAAAAUCUUGUCUUGAGGCUGGUGAGCAACAAAAAAUGGAGUUGGCAUAUGGGGUUCUAAGAUUAAGCAAAUACAGAUUUAUGGUCUAUAAAUAAGUUGAGAUUUCUGUUUGAUGCAUAUGUACAUGAGAGGAAAUAUGGGCUAUAGGCUUAAUAUAGAUUACUUUUAUUUAAUCAGACAUGCAUUUAAUAAAAGGCACAUUUUGCUUAUUACUGUGUACUAUUAACUAGUACGGUGUAAUUUUAUUAAUAUGCCUAAUUGUCUAAAUUAAACCUGAAAGGGACACUAUAGGCACUCAGGCCGAUUCAGCUCAUUGAAGUGGUCUGGAGCAUAGUCUUAGGUCCCUUAACCAUGGAAAGGUAAUUAUUGCAGUUUUUAAUUAACUGCAAUAAUUCCCUUUAUGGGUUAACUCUAGCUCUAGUGGCUGUCUUCCAAACAACCACUGUGACCCCCUGUCCCUGGAUUGUAAACCCCUUCAUUUCAUUCCCCUAUGAGUUUAGGACAUUGCCUUUUAUUUAGUUUAUUUUAAAUUUAUUCCUCUACCGAACAAACUACUGAACGACCAGACCACCUGUGUGUGGAGUGUGCCCCUCAUUAACCUCGAUCACCUCUUUCACACCUCGAAAACCACAAGCAUUCUAAGCAGUCGGCUGGGUGGUCAGUGUUCGGUAUAGGAACACGUGGCGGCGGCCAUAUUAAGUGCAUGGAGCUAUAAUCAAACUCUGCUGGGACUUCCAUACCUUCAUACGUUUGUCUGGAUUCGUAUAAAGAGAGCGGCGUUUGGAAGGAAUAAUACUGAUGGUGCUGUGUUGUUCAUUUCCCCCCGCACCUCCCCAAGAUCUUUCUUAAAUCUGUCGCACUGGAUUGCCUCUUGUCACCAAGCUGGAUAACUGCCAGCUGUGAAUCCAAAAGCAAGAUUUUGUGCUACCAUCAACAAUUAAUCCACAAGUUUGCUAACAUUUUGGCUCUGCUCCCGCUAUCACUGCACACAUUCAGCCAUAUAGACUCCAUGUGUAAUUGACUACACUCUAUGAUAUGUGUAAAUAAUCUGUAAUAUUAUUUACCAUAAAGCUUUACUUGCCUUAAUCCGUUCACUACCUGCUUGCAUGUAUAGACUUUUUCUUUACUAUCAUUUGCAUAACAAAAUUUUAGUCCAUAAAGACUCAUUUGCUAUUUACACUCCAGGAACAAUUGUCUGCUUGUAUAAGGAACACAAUUCUCUGGAAAGAACUAUUUUCAUUGCCCCAGCAUUUCUAUAAAGGAUGAAUAAAUAAAUUAAAACUUUGCGUACCUUAAAUUAUGUGUUUUUGAAUAAUACAUUAAAAAUCACCUACAACUUGUGUUAACUUUUUCAUGAGAUGCUCAGUCUUUUAAGUUUAUAUUAAAGGGACACUAUAGUUACCAGAACAACUACAGCUUAAUGUAGUUUUCUGGUAAGUAUAGUCUGUCCCUGCAGGCUUUUUAAUGUAAACACGGCCUUUUCAGAGAAAAGACAGUAUUUACAUUACUGUCUAGGAAAAAGUCUAUAGCCACUCUUCUGAUGGCCACAAGGGAUGCUUCCUGGGGCAGUGCUGCAUAUGAUCUGCAUGGAGAUGCUGAAUGCUCCUCAUACAGAUGCAUUGAAUUAAUGCAUCUCUAUAAGGAGAUGCUGAUUGGCUAGGAUGGCAUUUGGCUCUUCCUCACCUCAUUGGCUGAGAUAAUCAGAGUUAACAAUCUCAUCCAAUCUAAUGCUUUUCUAUAGGAAAGAAUUGUAAUUAUCUGAGUAAUCAAAUCUGAUGUCCACGAAGGAGGCGGAGCGGCAUCGGUACGGCACUGGGAAAAAGGGUGUGUGUUUUUUUUUUUUUUACUUAUUUAAGGGGACAGGGACCCUACAUGUGUUUUUUUUAACACUAUAGGGUCAGGAAUACAUCUUGUAUUCCUGACCCAAUAAUGUUCUUUUAAAGGUUUAGCAAAUGACACAAUCGUUGAGUUCAGACAAGGCAGAGGCAGGGCAUAUAUGGAUGAGAAAUAGAAACAUUCUCAUUUCUCCACUUCUCUGUAUGUAUUUUCUAUGGUAACUGUAGGUGUUUAGUUGUCUGAUAAAGAAGUGUGCAUUUCUACAUUUAAUUGUAAUUUUACACUUCCGAUACUUCUUAAAUAUCGGGAUAAAACUACUACCCAGAGCGAUUGAAAUCCCUGUGGCCAUGUAGAUGAACAUCUGUUCUGUUGGAUAAUGUGUUCUAUUUUAGGCUCUGUGCUUAGACUCCGAGCUAGUUCCAAUCCGCCCAGCACCAUGCUGCAUUCCUGACAUUUCUCUGAUCACUUGCGCUGCAGUUAAUAAAGCAGAGAUCCUGGGAAGGAAGCUGAUUGCAUUGAGAGGAUUUUCCUCCGUAGGCAGACAUUGAGAAGGUUACUGCAGGAAAGCUGCUAUUAUAAGAGAUAAAGAUGUGCAUAGACGGAGUGAAGCACUGGACAACUCUAGCCCCUCUUAUAUCUCUUCACUGAUCCAUAGGUAUGCCCCUCCUCGUUCCCUCCACUCUGCCCGUGACCACCACCUGACCGCUGCUUGCACCCUUACGGCCAACUAGCGCUUGCAUGACCUCUCGCGGGCGGCUCCUCUCCUAUGGAAUAGCCUGCCUACCGCCAUCAGACUCUCCCCUAGUCUUCAAUCAUUUAAGAAGGGCCUUAAAACCCAUCUCUUCAGGAAAGCUUAUGGCCUCCCAGAGUAACCUCAUACCUGUCUCUUGCUCUCUCCUAUAGGGCAGUGCUUUACUCUCUCCUCCAGCUCUGCUUCAUUCCCACCCUAUUUGAUAUUUCCUGUCCUAAUGUGUCUUAUACCCCACCUCCUAUAAACUGUUAGCUCGUUUGAGCAGGGUCCUCUUCAACCUAUUGUUCCUGUAAGUGUUCUAGUAAUUGUCCUAUUUAUAGUUACAUCCCCCCUCUCAUAAUAUUGUAAAGCGCUAUGGAAUCUAAUGGCAAUAAUAAUAAUAACCACACAGAGUGAAAAUAGCAGAGUGUGAUGGUAGUCAGAUAUAAUGUAUGACUUAAAUAAUGGGGAAAUCAUUCUGUCUCAAACUGUGAACUAAUCUAAACUGUAAUGUUGUAACUUGUCUGAUCAAAGGAGAUAUAUGGUUUUAACAGAGUUUUCAAGUUCUCCUGAUAUUGUGGAUACUGCCUUGUUGCAGUCAAAGUCUCCAUGUCAGUCAUAAAGUCUUUGACUUUUAAAAAUUUGCAACAACAGUGUAUUUGGCUACUCUGUGUGCAAAUAAAUUUAAUUUGCACUCAUUUCCUUAGUUCCUGACACUGAUAAAAUAAUACCUGUCCUGAUUCCAACCCCAUGUCACCUGUCCUGACCCACAUUUUCCCAAAAUCAGUCCCUUCUUAUAGGUAUAUCUUCUGAUGCGUGUGAAAGUAAUGCUAGCUGCAUGCAUGUCUUUAAUUACAGUUUUGUGUGGCUCCUAACAUUUUGAUUCUUGCUUCUAAAUUCUAUGUAAGUUUGUCAGGCCCUUUUGUGAAUGUUAGAAUGCUAACUAUAGAACAAGACAUAUUUCUCCUAUUGAAGAUUUAUGUAUAGCCUAACAUGCAAGCACACUGCUAAAAUAAUUGAAAAGUGAAACGUAAUACUUAAAUAUGAAGUAGAGUGUGUAUUAUAAAUGCUUUUAAGUUGCUUAGAUUUUGAGCCUUACUUUCUGCAGGUGCAGUCUCCUUCUCUUCUACCAACACCACCAAAAGAAUGCACCGGCCACAUUCAUAGUCAAUGGUGCUCUUGUUAAGUUUGGACAAGGAUUCGGCAAGACAAACAUCUACACCCAAAAACCUGAUCCACCUAAAAAGGUACUGUUGCAUUACUUUGAUAUACUGAAAAAUCACUACAUACUAUUUUUGAACCAGACAUUUGUGUACUCCUCCAUUACUUUUCUUUAAAUAUAAUUUUAAUACAAUCAUAGAGGCGUCUAGUGCUUUUGAAGAAGAGAAAGUUGAAUUAAUUGCUUAAAAAAUAGCACAAAGAAAAGAAAAAUUAGGCCACAGGAGAUUACCGUUAAUAUUGCAUUAUGUUUUACAUUUUUUGAACCACCAUAUUUGUACUAUAAGACAGACAAUGACUCUGUUUUAUUACAGGUGAUGAUGACCAAGCGUACAAAGGAUAUGGGGAAGUUCAGCUCAGUGACCGUGUCCACAAUUGAUGAAGAGGAGGAGGAGAUUGAAGCGGUAAGCACAUUAAUAUGUAAAACACAUCCUUUGUAUUCCGACAGAGUGAUUUGAUAGUCCCAUUCACAAACUAUAUUCCAUUACAUUGAAUAAAUACAUUAAUGGGCCAUCCAUAAUUUCAAGGCUGUUGUUCUUCUUGAUUGUUAAAUGGCCUUCUGUUGGUCUUUUUAAGCCUUUCCACCGCAUUAUGAUAUUGUUAUGGUCAAUGUUGUUCCAUUUGCUUUGCUCAUUAUUACUCCUGAUUUGUGCUGUUCAGAGGGAAGUGGCAGACUCGUAUGCUCAGAAUGCUAAAGUGAUCGAGAAACAACUGGAAAGAAAAGGAAUGAGCAAGAGAAGGCUACAAGAGCUGGUAUGUAGCUAUUUGUUGCUGGUAAAAUCCAGCUCCUUGCUUUUGAUAGAAAUGUAUUAAACUUACACCUGGUUCUAAAAUCCGCAGCAUGUCUGCUAAAUUCCAAUUAUAUAUAUAUAUUUUUUUUUUUUUUUUGCUGCUUGCGUUUGUCACGUUAAACCAUUACUAAUGAUGCAUGUACUAAAGUAUGUCUUUUAAAAUACAAGCAUUGUUGAUUUAAAUGUAUGCAAUAAUAUGCAUUCACUAUCUUGAAGAUCCUCGUUGUGACAACGAUAAUAAAAAUAUGUAUUCCCGAAUGGAAGCUUUGGCAUAGUGCCUCCAGACUUCGAGAGCAUGAGCAAAUCUGUGGGAAGUGUGUAUAUGCAAAUAGAUGGUCGAGAGCAUUAAAAAAAAGAGAAGUGCUGCUUCUAUUUUUUUUUAUUUAUGUAUUUUUUUUUAUUUAUUUUUUGGGAAGGAGCAGUCUUGUACACCAGUUACAUAGUUAUAUAGUUACAUAGCUGAAAAGAGACUUGCGUCCAUCAAGUUCAGCCUUCCUCACAUAUGUUUUUGCUGUUGAUCCAAACAAAGGCAAAAAACCUAGUAUGAGCGCUUCCAAUUUUGCAACAAACUAGGAAAAAAUUCCUUCUUGACCCAAAAAUAGCAGUCAGAUGUCUCCUUGGAUUAUGCAGCUAUUUCCCCACUAAUUAGAAAUUAUAUCCCUGUAUGUUAUGUUUUUGCAAGUAUGUAUCCAAUUGCAGUUUAAACCUCUGUAUGGACUCUGAUAAAACCACAUCUUCAGGCGGAGAAUUUCAUAUCCUUAUUGCUCUUACUGUAAAUAAAAACCUUUUCUUUGCCUUAGAUGAAAUCUCCUUUCUUCCAGCCUAAAUGUGUAAUCUCGUGUCCUAUGUAUAGCACUGUUUAUGAAUAGAUUUCCAGAUAAUGGUUUGUACUGGCCCCGAAUAUAUUUGUAAUGUUAUCAUAUCCCCUCUGAGUCUCUGCACUUUUUCUAGUGCCAUGAUAUCCUUCUUUAGAACAGGUGCCCAAAAUUGUACAGCAUAUUCAAGGUGUGGUCUUACCAGCGAUUUAUAAAGAGGCAAAAUUAUAUUUUCAUCCUGAGAAUUUAUGCCCCUAUUUAUACAUGACAAAACCUUACUGGCCUUAGCAACUGCAGAUUGACAUUGCAUAUUGCUGCCUAAUUUAUUGUCUAUAACAAUGCCCAAAUCCUUCUCGUGUGUGGCCAUGCUCAGGUGUAGACCCAGAGUGAUUCUUUCGUACUACCAGGAGUAUGUAUCCAACCUGUAAGAUCCUUGCAGUGAAGGACUUUUGACUUCAUGCUAUAUAGGCUUCAUCGUAAUAUGAUAAAUAGAUGGAACCACGUAAAAAGAAAAGAGAAAACUUUAAUACUGUGUAAUUUACAUAUUUAUAGGUCAGAGUGCAUUCGAUGUAAGUCAUCUCCUGAGUUGUCUAGGGACUGUCAUAUUUCUGUUCUAUAUAAAGAGAGUUAAAGAGCUAGUGCUAUAUCAGCGUUUUAACCUAUUAAAUGCUUUGUUAAACAUGCCUAACGGUUCAAGCGCCAUAAACCAUGCAAUGAUUAUUUUUUGGGUUUUUUUUUAUAUUGAGUAAAUUACGUUAUUUUAUAUAUCUAAGAUUGUAACAAAAGAAAAACAAGUCUCAUGGCUUGACUGGUGUGCAGAUUUUUGUUUAACAUUGUAAUAAUGAAGAUUGUAACACAAAGAUAAAAAUGAAACACAAAAACAAACAUGACAAAGCAAUGUCCAUAUAGAACUGAAUAGCUACUUAGAAAUAUAAAUUGGAUCAGAAUAACAAAAUAAAUAAAAUGUUAAGUACAUUUGGUUAGUAACUCAGAAGUUUAUUUGUAGUUUGGGUGUCCUCACGUUGGAGAAGGAGACAAAGGAGAAGACAAGAGAAAAGUUAUUUAAAAAAAAAAAAACACAACAAAAAAAGACUUUCUAACACAAUGCAUAGGUUAAAAGUCACUUAACCCCUUAAGGACCAAGCUUUUGGAAUAAAAGGCAAUUAUGACAUGUCACAGAUAUCAUGUGUCCUUAAGGGGGUUAAAGGACAACUGUCACCAGUAAAAAAAAAAAUAAAAAAAUUAUAUAUGUGUAUAUAUAUAUAUAUGUAUAUGUGUGUAAAUAUAAAAUCAGGAGCACUCCAUUGGAUUUUCAAAAAGAGUUUUAAUCCGGUGUUCAUAAAUCACAUCAACGUUUCGACCCAAUAGGGUUAAAACACUUUUUUGAAAAUCCAAUGGAGUGCUCCUGAUUGAUCCUAUAUAUCUACUGGCUUGGAGGCACCCGGGUAAUUUCACUAUUUUUUUUUUAUUUAAAGGAGAGUGCCAGAGUUUGUGUAUAUAUAUAUAUAUAUAUAUAUAUGUGUGUGUGUGUGUGUGUGUUUAUAUAUAAUUUUUAUAUAUAUAUAUAUAUAUAUAUAUAUAUAUAUAUAUAUAUAUAUAUAUAUAUAUAUAUAUAUAUAUAUAUAUGACAACUAUAGUGCCAGGAAAACAUACUCAUUUUCCUGGCACUAGUGCCCUGAGUGCCCCCACCCUCAGGACCCCUCCCGGCUCUGGAAGGGAAAAGGGUAAAACUUACCUUUUUCCAGCUGGGCGGGGAGCUCUCCUCCUCCGAUCCUCCUGGGCUGAAUGCGCGCGCGGCAAGGCUGCGCGCUGUUACAGGAAAGCAUUAUCAAUGCUUUCCUAUGGACGCUUGCGUGCUCUCACUGUGAAAAUCACAGUGAGAAGCACGCAAGCGCCUCUAGUGGCUGUCGAUGAGACAGCCACUAGAGGAUUAGGGGGAAGGCUUAACCCAUUCAUAAACAUAGCAGUUAACCCUAGCUGGACCUGGCACCCAGACCACUUCAUUAAGCUGAAGUGGUCUGGGUGCCUAGAGUGGUCCUUUAAGAAUCCUUGCAGCAUGUAAUGGAAAAAAAAUAUGGCCUUUUUUUCCCUUUUUGAAGUAAAUGUACACUAGAUCCCCCUUUGGUUGGAGUGAUGUAGAAUGGCUCCUGCUUCACUCCCUACACAGACUGGUAAUGUUAUCUGCCAUUGCCCUGUGUGCUCUGCUAAGCAGGGCAGAGUGCCUCAUAUGAAUUUUGACCGCAUUGGAAUAUUCUCAUAUUUACUAAAGCCAAAUGCGGUUAGAAUUCAAUCUAGCAGCCAAUGAGCAAAUAGUUGUUAACCCUCAGUAGCACUAGGAUUAAUUAAGUGACAACUGUCCAGCGUUUUCUAGCCAGCCACCACAUUAAAAUAGUAUUUUACCGCCAAAUGUUGCCAUCUGGCAAGUGGGGGCAUGUCUACUAAACAUUAAAACUAUGGACUGAGCAGUGUUUGUAUAUAUGUAUGUUUAUAAAUAAUUAUACUUGCCAUCAGCAGUAGUCUUUCUUGUAAUCUUCUUUUCUUCUGCCCCAAGGAAGGCCAAAUAAAAAUCUAUAAUUCCAGACGCCAAUUACAAUUUAAAAAAAAAAAAAAAAGGCCUGAUCGCCAUAAAAAAAUCAUAGUAUUUUUAUUUACCAAUUUUGUAUUUAUUUACUAUUUUCAUGUGGCAGUUGGCUAGACCACACAAUUAACCCUCAUGCUGCAGAGGGGUUUAACAUAUUUGCUUUGUGUCUGCUAUGUGUGGGGAGUGAAGCAGGAGCCUAUCGUCAGAUUUUACCAAAGGUGUAUGAAUAUGGAGGGAUAGAAGCGUUCUGUGAAUUAGGGACCAGAUUUUCAGGUAUUUUUACAUAUACUUAAUUUUAUUUUUUAUUUUUUAAAAGUGAUUUUUCUUGCAAGGAUUCUUAAAAUAUAUAUAUAUAUAUUUUUUUUUUUUUUUUCUGGUGACAGUUGUCCUUAAGUUAUGUCUGUAAUGUUCUACCAUUGUGGUUUUUCUGUAGAAUAAAUUUGUAUUUAAAUGUUCACAUUUGUAUGUGCUAUCUUUCACAGGCGGAGCUGGAAGCCAAGAAAGCCAAAAUGAAGGGAACAUUGAUUGACAACCAAUUUAAAUAGAAGAGACUUAUGGAUUCAAGCUGACGGUGUUUAAGGACCAUUUGGCAUGCAUAGCGUUUUGUUUGCAGACAGGAUGGUGUGUGUGUACAUCUGUAAUUUCACAGCCUGCUGUCCGGUAACAAACAGGAAUUUCAUAUUUGCAAUAUCAAUAAACACAGUGUCUCCUUAAUCUAAACGAUUUACUGGUAAAUUGCUGUAUGUUUCUACUGUGGUCGCCGUGAAGGUGUACUACAGAUCCCAGUGCAAUGUUCAUUGCCCGAUUAUAUUUUUAGAGUUACUUUGUCUGGUACAUUACACACAGGCCUUAUAUUAUACAGAGAUCCCAUUUUGUUAUGUUAAUAUUGUAAAUAUGUUUGUAUAAAACAAAUUAAACAUCUUUGUAAAUAAAACAUUCAUUUGUCAUCAAUUAA